AUGCACCUCCCGAUAGCAGUGGGGGAAGGGGAGGGUGUGGGGGAGAGAGGGAGAGUGAGAGAGGGGAGUGAGGAGAGUAGUGGGAGUGAGGGUGGUGAGGAGGAGAUUGUAGAUGUUUGUCACUCUGUGAGGGAGUGGGGAGAAGAAGGGCGAUUUGAACAGGGGCAACUCGAAGAGGGGCGGCUGGAAGGGAAAACCGACGGGAACAUAGGGGGGAAGGGGAAGGAAGUGGGGGGAAGAGAGAGGGAGCAGGGGGGAGAGAGUCACUUCGAAGCUACUGUCGCUGGUAAAGGGGCGAUGAUUCGGGUGCAAAGGGGGCUUGCCUCUCACAACUUCGAUGCAGCCUUCUUCCCCUCGCUCCUCAUCGUCUCAGCCAUCGCAUCAACUCUCCUUGCCGUGGCCUUUGCGGUGGCGCCUCUCUUUGAGUUCACUGAUUUCAGCACUCCCGUGGUGCUCGGGGUGGUGACCGCCAUUCACCUCGACUUCGCACUGCUCCUCCUCACCAUAGUGCUCCUAUCGGUGUCAGUGCAGACUCCAUCGCCCCUCCUCGCCUCUCUCUCCAUGACGCUCCGACUCCUACGUCGCUACUCCCACGCCUAUCUCGCCCUCAACUUCGGCCUCCUGGGUGUCCUCUCCUCCCUCGCUGCAGCAUGCUUCCUGCUUACAGGGAUCAUCCAAAAUGUUAUGCUUCAUAACCUGCUGCAUGCGGCGCUCAUUCUAGCAUGCCUCUUCUCUGCAGUGGUGCUGCAUGCUGUGGCAUCCACUCUCUUUGUCUCCCUCGCGCUCCAUCAAAUGGGCUCCAUUCGCCUCCCGAGAGCCUUCUAG